AUGAGUUCGUACAUACAUAAUAAUGAACAUCCGGGGUUUCCUUUGGUUAAAUUCGAAGAAGGUGGAAAAGUCUGCGCCGGAGAAGUACUGGUGGAGAAUAUUCCCAACGGCUACAACAGAAUAUUGUGCGAAUGUAACGGCGUGCUACUCUUGACCAACCUCUACCUCCCCGACGAGUGCAAGUACGAUAGAUACGUGCUGUGGAAUCCAUCAAGUCGUCGCGAGAUGUUCCUCAUAAACCAAUGCGACUUGAACGAAGGUUAUAUAGUGGAUUACGGGAUUUGUUACGACCAAAUAACGAGCGAUUUCAAGGUUAUCUUUAUUUUCCUAACUAAAUAUGCAAUUUAUUCGUGUAACAACAAUUCCUGGACGAAGAAGCCCGGUAGAAAAUACCAUACCAUGGGCGGUAAGGGUUCGGGUAUAUUCUUCGAUGGAGCCACCUACUGGAUUUUGGGCGACAACACGAAUCGGUCAGGUAGACAAUUAGUGUAUUUCGAUCCAAGAACCGACGAGCUCAAGGUGUUGCAAAGGCCCGAAAAAGUGAAUAAUCACGACAAGUAUCUUCUAGUUAACAUGGGUUGUUUGAGCGGACGCCUAUGUUUGUACUGUUACAAUAGAGUAACGAAAAGUGUUCAAAUGUGGAUAAAGGAAAAGGGCAUCGAUUCGGGGGAGAAUAGUACUAAUUGCUGGAAGGAGUUUAUAACCGUUGAGAAUUUUAACCCUCCGUAUUUUUGGUCUAGACCAAUAUUUUUCGUGGAAAAUAAGAUUGUCGUUCAAAUAAGGAAUAACACAUUUGCAUUUUAUAGCCCUAAUGAGAAGACGGUCGAAGAGAUUUUAGAGAUUGAUGUAUCUUGCGGUAGAGUCAUUCCAUAUCGGAAUAGUCUCUAUUCCCCGGCGACGAUUAAAGCUUAG